ACCAGGUUUCUAUAAGUGCACAAUUUUGUCUGAGUUUUUAGCUUGCUUUAUCGAUUUGUGAAAAAUCUUUAUUUCUUCGAGGAUUUUCGAGGUCUACGGACACGUCGGAAAGCGCUCCUUCGAGUGGCGACGAAACCCGAGUCGGAGGACUCGCGGGGACGAACAUUCCUAAAAGAAGGGAAGGAAAAGGAGAAGGAGAAGGAGGAGAAGGACAACGACGACAACGACGUAAUCUCCAGGACCAGGGUCUCGACGAUACGCUCGUCCAUGGGUUACGCAACAUGUAACGCGACCGAUACACCUUCCAUCAUCAGCGUUACGUUGUCACGUCGGGGUUGCAGGAAUGAGAGCUCGAUGACGAUGCGCCUUUUCGAAGCGCUGCCGAGGUUAUGAGAGUGCAUCCCGCAUCCCGACCAUCGCCAGGGGAUUUCGCGUGCUUCGCGUCGCGUUCGUUCCACAGUGUUCCGAACUCAUAAACAUAGUACUUGUACUCUACACCGCGUGCGUUCGCGAGAGAACCGCGAGAGCCAAGUGACACGGAGUGACAAGUUGGUGACGAUCUCGGGAUUUCCAUCCGUCGAACUCGGUCCCUGGGGGCCUGUCGCGUGGUGUGAAACUCGGGAAUAGACAUCAUUUCGUGAGAAAAAGGUCGCCCCCGUAAACCCAGACCCCUCUCUCGCGAAGGACAGACUCUCCGAGUGUUUACGUUAUCGAGUGUUAUCGUGUUCGCACCAGGGCGCCAUUUUCGAUCGCUCGAGCGAGCGACGUGACUCUAGUCGGCGAGAGACGUGACCGUAGCGGUGCGCGUGUCGAGUAUUUGAGACUCGGAACUUCGAGACUCGGAGCUCCCCUCGCCGCGUCCCCCAUUCCCCCCUCCCCCGGCUGUCCCCGCGAUCGCGUGUGAAUCGUGCGUGCAUCGUUUACUCGAUCUCGGGUGAAUUGUGUGUACAUAUAAAUGGCGGCUGACGAACGAUGGUACUUUACGAGAGAGCAGCUUGCAAACACGCCGAGCAGGAGGUUCGGCAUCGACGCCGACAAGGAGCUGAGCUAUCGGCAGCAGGCGGCCAACUUCAUUCAGGACAUGGGACAAAGACUUGUGGUGUCGCAAUUAUGUAUCAACACAGCUAUAGUUUACAUGCACAGGUUCUAUGUGUUCCAUUCGCUAACCCAGUUCCACAGGAAUGCUAUUGCUGUGGCGUCACUUUUUUUAGCGGCAAAAGUAGAAGAACAGCCAAGGAAAUUAGAACAUGUCAUCAAAAUGGCUUACAUGUGUCUUCACAGAGAGCAAGCACCACCUGACAGUAGGUCCGAUGUAAGUUUCAAGAACAAUAAAGUACAAUUUCUUGAACAGGCUCAAGAUUUGGUGUUCAAUGAAAAUGUUCUCCUACAAACAUUAGGAUUUGAUGUUGCCAUUGAUCAUCCACACACUCAUGUUGUUAGAUGUUGUCAACUGGUAAAAGCAAGCAAAGAACUGGCUCAAACUUCAUAUUUCAUGGCAUCUAAUAGUUUACACUUGACAACAAUGUGUCUGCAAUAUAAGCCCACAGUUGUUGCUUGCUUUUGCAUACAUCUUGCAUGUAAAUGGUCUAAUUGGGAGAUACCCCAAAGUACCGAAGGAAGACAAUGGUUCUGGUAUGUAGAUAAGACUGUAACUGCAGAUUUACUUCAAGAACUCACAGACGAAUUCUUACACAUAUUUGACAAGUGCCCCUCAAGAUUGAAAAGGAAAAUUAUGAGUAUUUCCGCAAGUCAGAGCCCAAGCAUUCAUCAUCCAAGUCUCCCAAAUUCCCCAUUUGAUACCGAACCACGUAGAGUACAAUCUCCGGCAGUACCAACGGACAGUGCUACUGCUGCCGCCGUCGCUCAUUUAAUUCGUUCUCAUCAUUCGGUGGAUAAUACUGCUCCUGCUGCCGCUCAUUCAAAUCGAUCCCAUCAUACAACAGACAAUGUAGCUUCUACUUCUACCGCUACCGCCUCUGUUGCUGCUGUCGCUCAUUCGAGUCGGUCUCAUCAUACGACGGACGGUGCCGUCGCUCAUUCAAGUCGUUCUCAUCAUACGACAGAUGGUACUGUCGCAGUCGGUCAUUCAAGUCGUUCGCAUCACACGCAGCAGGAAAAACAGGAUGAGAAGAAAAUUGGGACCGUUGCAGGACUAUCGACAUCAAGGGCGGCGAUAGAUUAUCGAGAGUAUCGUGAAAAGAAGGAACGUGAACGUUUGGAACGGGAAAAGGCGGCGACAAUUGGAUCCCAUAUCGCCGAUCCUAACAAACCUCCUCAUCAUUCGCACCAUCACAAGCCCAUGUCGAACGUAAGCAUCCCGAGUAAGCAUCAGAUACCAGUGCAAAAGACGAAUCUUCAUCAUAAUCAUCAUCAUCGACCGGAUAUGAAGGUCGGUCAACCAGUGCCACAGAGACAUUCCGCUAGUGGUCAUCCUAAUCGCGAUCCUAAUAGACAACGAUUAUCGAGAGAACAUAAUACUGGUGUAACUGGCACAAGCGCUAGUAUUGUGCAUUCGUCACAUGCUCACGUUAAUUUAGAAAGUUCCUCGUCCGAGUCUGUGUCUCAUCGAUCGGACGCCAGCAGCGUUACGCAAGAGUCGGGAUAUGGUACUUCACAAGAGAAGAUAAGUAACAACAAUCACAGUGGACAUAGACUGAACGCACUUGAUAGUAAACAUCAAGCGCACGACAAGAGAUUAUACCGAGAAGAUCCGCGACUCAAAUCUGCCAAAUAUCCAGAUAUAAAUAAAAUCGAGAAUCAACGACGAAAAACAGAAACGUUAGAACAAAGAUGCGAGGAAGUGCGAAAGCUAAUCGAGAAACCGUUGCCGCCGCCGAAGCAAGCGGACAUGCCAUACCUAAUGAAUGCGCAACAGAAACAACAGGCGCAUCAUUCCAAAUAUAAUCAACAGCAAGACAAAUCUCAAAAUAGCUCAUUCACGGCCGAUACAAAGCAUGUGACGACGAUCGGUCAGAAUGCGCUUUCUCAGGAUGUAUCGCCGAGUGCUUCGUCGUCACAGAUGGCUCAAAAGUCUGCACCUAAGGCACAAAUAUACAAUCAACAUACCGCGCAAGGUGUAUCCCAGAUUCUCAAGGACACCAUCAAAAAUGGCAAUUCCCAAUCCUGUCUGAAUUUGAAUAACAUGGAUGAUCCGAAAUCGGAGAAACGACCACGAACGAUCGCGCACGAGGAUCCUACGGAGAGAAAUUCUAUCGACGUGCAGCAGAGUUCGCACUUACAUACACCGCCUAGCAAGCAUAGGUCACUCUUCAGUCCAGAGACGCCAACCACGCCUAGAGAAUCGCAUGUUCAAAGUAGCGCGAGGCCUAAAUCAAAGCAAAAGAUGCCACUCUCCGCAACCACGAAAGUGAAAGAACGCGUGUCACCGUUUGCAAAUUCUCCGACUUCGCAAGAUACGUCAGCGAUGAAACGUUCAUCUUCCAGCGAUGGAAUGACGUUCGCACAUAAGAGAUCUCGUACGUCGAGCAUUGGUGAGAACGAACAGCCCGUGAAAAUUAAAACAGAGAUAAAGACGGAAGAUACAUCCGGUCUGGAAGCGAUGAAAAUGUUUAGUCGCGUACCUGAUCUGAUACAACCAAUACGCGACAAUAACAGAAGUAGCAGCGCAUCGUCUGUCAUUAAUGAUCUGAAGCCCCCGGAACUCAUAAAACCGUUCGAAUCGGAUCCGCCGCGUUUUAAUGCGAUCGCGCAACAGAAAACCUCAUCUCUUAACGUGCACGCCCUGACAAAUGGUAUGGAUCUUAACGUAGAACAGGAAUUUCCGGAACAUCGCGUGAAAAAAGAGGCCUUGGAGUAUUAUAAGAAGAAGGAACAACCCAGGCUUUCGGAAUUGCCGCUGCAUUCUCACUUGCAACCGAAAGUCGAAUAUUCAUCGCCGAUCAAAUCCGCACAAAGUAUAAGUGCGUUACUCCAAGAACCAUUGGCACCGAUGCCAUCGCUGUUGCAGAAUCUGCAACAAAUUAGUAGUCAAGUAUCCUGUCAGCAAGGGCAUCAGGAACAAUUACAACAGCAUCAGCAACAACCUAUUCAUCAUUCGUUGACGGAUCAUCAGCUAACAGUGACAACUCCUUGCCUGUCUAUACCCACUGUGAGCGAUACUUUCACGUCAAUAGCCUCGACAGUUGAUAUCAGUGUUUUUUCCGAUAGUAUGCCAAUGAUGCUAUCAAAUAGUAACAACAAUAUGACGGAACCAACAACCUCCGAAUUGGUUCACACAGUGACGAUAGUUCCUUCGACCGAAGAGAAGCGGUCUGAACACCACAAGAGUGAGAAGAAAAAGAAAAAGGAAAAGCACAAGCACAAAGAUAGAGAGAAGAGUAAGGAGAAACAUAAGCACAAACACAAGGACAAGGUUAAAGAGAGGCAUCGGGAGAAAAAAGAGAGGAACGAGGAAACACCGGCGGCGGCGCCCAUCAGGAUCACGAUCCCGAAGGACAAGUUGAACCUAAGCACGGAAACAUCGUCGAGUAUGCUUAGUACAAGUUCCAACUCGUUGGAAAAUAAGAACAUAUCGCCGCAGGGCACGGGUUUGAAGAUCAAAAUUCCAAAGGAACGACUCAAGGGCACCGACAAUGUGCCUAAUUCACCCGCGCAGCUGCCGAUGGUGCAGGGUUCGUUAAAGAUCAAAAUACGUAAACCAAAUACCGACGGUAUUUCCAGGAGUUCCGCGCCGCUGCCGCCGCCAUCGUCGACAAACGGUUCGAGCUCUGCCCAAUUUUCUUCCGAAUCAUCUACGAACGAACCGGCGACGCGGAAGCGUUGCAUCGAGAUGACCGGCAACAGUUCGGUGACCCCCUGUAGCGGUCCCCCGCUACCUACGACAAAGAAGCAGACGAUGAUGAUACCCGCGACGAGUUACAGCCAAAGCCAUCGACCUGGAGAAAGGCAGAACGGCAGACAUUAUAACUCCGGCAGCAAUAAUAAGGUACGUGGUAGAGGCGGCCGUCAGCAUUACGACGGCCGCGGUCCUCCGCCACCACCACAUCACGCGGCUGCCGGUCAGCGCGGUAGCGUAGGUGGUCACUACCAGCGUGACAAAUACGAUAAUGGCCGUGGUAGCCGCGAUCAUCAACAUCAUCAGGCUCCCUAUUCCCAUCAAUCCCAUCACCCUUCGGCCGGGGUGCGCGGUGAUGUUCGCGGGACUGCUGGCUACAUCGAUCAAGCCGCAGAAUAUUUUUACGCCAACUAUCCAGCGUCGAUACACUUUGGUGCACCCGCUAGGUACAUGUACGAUCCUGCGUAUCAGCAAUACUACCAGCAACAAUUUCAGCAAUCGCAGUAUCCAAUGUACCCAGCGGGGAGUGCCCUGAUAGUGACACCGGACGGCGGUACGAUUAACACGUCGAUGCCGCCGCCGUCCUUACUUCCGAAUCUCUAUCAGAAUCGGCAAAAUGUAGGGCACCAUUCUCAAUCGGCCGCUCGGCAGGAUGAUGCGCAGUUGCUGCCUCCACCGCCGCUUGAACCGCCACCAUCUCCACCACCUCUGCCGAGCGGACCGCCGCCCCCGCCUCCUCCUCCCCCACCCCCCACCCAUAUGCCGGAGUAA